UGCUCUUAUCUUGACUCCCCCCCUCUCAAUCUCUCUCCACAGCUGAAAGGUGGAAAAAGAGCGAGAAAGAGAGUGGAGUGUGUGAAGAGAGAGAGAGAGAGAGAGAGUAGAGGGAGAGAGACCCACUUCAACCAUGCCCUCUCCCAUGGCGAUCUCCACUUUUUCCCACCUAUACUCUCUCUCUAUUUCAUUUCCACCACCACCACCACCGCACCGCCGUGUAAUCACUACCACCGCCUUCAUGAACUCUAACCUCUCCAUUUCCCCAAUCAGUUUAACUUCCUCCCGAAACCCUCACCCUCCUCCGUUUGUCGUCUUUUCCGGUGGAGACGGAGGCGACACCGGUGGAAAUUCCGGGGGCGGCGGAGGCGGAGGAGAUGAAGGAGACGAAGGAGACGAAGGGGAAGACGGAGGAGGUGAGGAUCGAGAGGGAAACAGAGGGGAUGCGAUGCUGGUUUUGGUGGCGGUGGGGAGGGCGUUGGAUAGCCUUCCUAAAGACUUGGCGGCGGCAAUUGAGGCGGGGAAAGUACCUGGGUCGAUAGUGAGAAGGUACUUUGAGCUGGAGAAAUCGCCCAUUUUCCGGUGGUUGCUUCAGUUCGGAGGGUUUAAGGAGCGGUUGCUCGCAGAUGAUCUGUUCCUGGCCAAGGUUGCCAUGGAGUGUGGCGUUGGGAUCUUCACUAAGACUGCUGCGGAGUGGGAAAGGCGCAGAGAGAAAUUCACCAAGGAGCUUGAUUUUGUUUUUGCAGACGUGGUGAUGGCCAUCAUUGCAGAUUUCAUGCUUGUCUGGCUUCCUGCUCCUACAGUUUCUCUUCGGCCAGCUCUUGCUGUCAGUGCUGGACCUCUUGCUAAGUUCUUCUAUGGCUGCCCUGACAAUGCUUUUCAGGUUGCCUUGGCUGGUACAUCCUAUUCCUUUCUACAGAGAGUAGGGGCCAUCGUGCGUAACGGGGCCAAGCUAUUUGCAGUUGGGACUGGUGCUUCUUUGGUUGGUACUGGAAUAACAAAUGGCUUGAUUUAUGCUCGAAAGGCAAUUGAUAAAACUUUUGCUGGUGAGGCAGAGGACGUACCGAUAUUGUCAACCAGUGUUGCCUAUGGUGUCUAUAUGGCAGUUUCUAGCAACCUUCGGUACCAAGUACUGGCCGGAGUCAUUGAACAACGGAUACUAGAACCUUUGCUUCAUCAACAUAAGAUUUGGCUGAGUGCAAUCUGCUUUGCCGUUCGGACAGGCAACACAUUCUUGGGGUCGUUGAUGUGGGUGGAUUAUGCACGUUGGGUUGGAAUCCAAAAGAUACGAGAGUAAUUAGAUUAAGUUGCUGGAUGGGUAAAUGGUCAGUAUUUACGUGAAUAUAUUUGGCUUUGUAAAAACGAUGAUCUUUUGCCCAGUAAAUGCGUAGAAUGAAAGGAAUGCUCUUUGUGGGUGCUUUUGCCCUUUGCUCUUUCAGAGUUAAUUCACCCGGUGUUUGUACAA